UGACAGCUAGUAGGGCGCGUGAUUGUCAGUCAACUUCAUUGUGCAUAAUUGUGUAGUGGAAAAGACCCGGCUACGUCCAAAUCGAACAAAACGAAAUAACAUUUUAAUCGAAAAUCAUCGGUGUGAAAAUUGUGUUAAAUUUAAUUUAAAACAAUGGUUUCGUUUCCCGGCAGUAUUGCUUUUGAUGAAUUUGGCAAGCCUUUCAUCAUUUUACGUGACCAGGACCAGCAAAAGCGUCUCACAGGCAACGAUGCAAUUAAGAGUCACAUUAUGGCUGGCAAACAAAUUGCAUCGACGUUAAAAACAUCGCUCGGUCCAAAAGGUUUGGAUAAAAUGAUGGUUAGCAGUGAUGGUGAUGUGACUGUGACAAAUGACGGUGCAACCAUUUUAAAGAUGAUGGAUGUUGAACAUGAAAUUGGUAAAUUAAUGGUACAAUUGAGUCAAUCGCAAGACGAUGAAAUCGGUGAUGGUACAACUGGUGUUGUUGUAUUGGCCGGAGCUCUGUUGGAUCAAGCUGAAGCAUUACUUGAUCGGGGCAUUCAUCCAAUUCGAAUUGCUGACGGUUUUGAAUUGGCCGCACAAUGCGCUGUUAAGUGUUUGGAUUCGAUAGCUGAACCGUUUCCAGUUUCGUUGAAUGACAUUGAACCAUUGGUACGCGUUGCAAUGACCACACUUGGCAGCAAAAUCAUCAAUAAAUGUCAUCGUCAAAUGGCCGAAAUUGCAGUUAAUGCCGUUCUCACUGUUGCCGAUUUGGAAAAGAAAGAUGUUAACUUUGAAUUGAUUAAAAUCGAAGGCAAAGUCGGUGGUCGCAUGGAAGAUACGAUGUUAGUAAAAGGUGUUGUAUUAGACAAAACAAUGAGUCAUCCACAAAUGCCAAAAAGCAUGAAGGAUGUAAAAAUGGCAAUUUUAACCUGUCCAUUUGAACCACCAAAGCCAAAAACCAAGCAUAAGUUGGAUGUUAAAUCGGCCGAAGAUUAUAAAAAAUUGCGUGCCUACGAAGCGGAAAAAUUCGCAACAAUGGUGAAACAAGUGAAAGAAGCCGGAGCAACAUUGGCUAUAUGUCAAUGGGGUUUUGACGACGAAGCAAAUCAUUUGUUGUUGCAACAAAAUUUGCCGGCCGUUCGAUGGGUUGGUGGUCCUGAAAUUGAAUUGAUUGCAAUUGCAACUGGUGGUCGCAUUGUGCCACGUUUCGAAGAAUUGAGCGCUGAUAAAUUGGGUAAUGCGGGCAUCGUACGUGAAUUGGCAUUUGGCACAACAAAAGAUAAAAUGUUGGUGAUCGAAGAUUGUAAAAAUACAAAAGCUGUUACAAUUUUAAUUCGUGGCGGCAAUCAAAUGAUUAUUGCCGAAGCAAAACGUUCGAUUCAUGAUGCAUUGUGUGUUGUACGCUCAUUGAUCAAAGAUUCGCGUAUCGUUUAUGGUGGCGGUGCUGCUGAAAUUGCAUGCUCAUUGGCUGUUGCCAAGGAAGCCGAUCAAUUGUCAUCACUUGAACAAUAUGCAUUCAGAUCGUUCAGCGUUGCACUCGAAAGUAUUCCAUUGGCAUUGGCCGAAAACAGUGGACUAGCACCAAUUGAAACAUUAUCGGAAUUGAAAUCACGACAUGUUAACGAAAAAUGCUCAUCAUUGGGUGUUGAUUGUAUGCUUACCGGUGAAUCAGAUAUGAAAAAACAUCACGUCAUCGAAUCAUUGCAUUCAAAGAAACAGCAACUCAUUUUGGCCACACAACUCGUUAAAAUGAUAUUGAAAAUCGACGAUAUCCGCUCGCCAAACGACAGCCAUGGCCAUGGAUACUAAACAACCACAUAUAUGCAUAUACAACACUCUCAAACCACACACUAGCAUUUUAUUUUUCUACCAUCAAUCUAACAAGCCAGAGAAACAAUAAACACUCAUCAAAUUUUUUUGGUUUAAUUUAUAGUAUUGCGCUUCGUAUGAAUAAUAAUUAAAAGAAAUGAACACCCACACACAAUCGAAUAAAUACACGUUAAAAAAACACCAACAUUCAGUUUUUGUCAGUCGUGCCGUUCUGACAUCCGUUUUGAGUUAUGUUUUAAACACUCAGUGAAAUGUUUAAUAAAAUAUUACCAACUAUAUUUUUUGCUUAACAAUCAUCGAAA